AGGCUCAGUGCGGCUGCGCCUGCUGCCUGAAAUGCUGAAGUCGGGCCGGAGUUACAGUGAUGCUACCUGCAAAUGCCUUCAAGUUAAAACGGUGGCCUUAUAGAUGUACCAGUGAAACGGCUUCAAGCACUUUCCUCUCAGUGUGUCUUCUCUACAAGGAAUGAUGACGGUUUGGAUCCAACAACGAACUAGGAGGUGCUGGAGGGAGAGGCCCAGUUGGAACUGGAGGUGAUGAGGGCAGCCAAAGGAUUCUGAGUGAACCACCAUGGCUUCCCAUGUGUUGGCUUGUCUCUCCAGCCUGCCAAUUGCAGUGGUCUAUGGGUCCCUAUCGCUCUUUAUUUCCAUUUUGCACAAUGUAUUCCUCCUCUACUAUGUGGACACCUUUGUUUCUGUUUACAAGAUUGAUAAACUUUCAUUUUGGAUUGGAGAGACUGUGUUUCUGAUCUGGAACAGUCUCAACGAUCCUCUCUUUGGUUGGCUGAGUGACCGGGCUUUCCUCAGUACACAGCAGUCUGGAAUAGAGAUCUCCUCUCCAGAAGUGGUGUUGAAGAGACUCAAGGCUCUAAACCACAAUGGCCCCCUUUUUGCUUUGUCAUUCCUGGCCUUCUGGAUUGCAUGGGCCCACCCAGGUUUACAGUUCCUCAUCUGCCUCUGCUUGUAUGACAGUUUCCUCACUAUGGUGGAUCUCAACCAGAAUGCCUUGCUUGCUGACCUUGCUGUGUCUGCAAAGGACAGGACUGGACUCAACUUCUACUCUUCACUGUUCAGUGCCAUUGGCUCCCUCUCAGUCUUUAUGUCCUAUGCUGUGUGGAACAAGGAGGACUUCUUCUCUUUCCGGAUCUUUUGUGUGGCACUGGCUCUUGGCUCAGCACUUGGAUUCAUUGUGGCCACAUGGCUGCUGAGGCAGAGGUUUCAGAGGGAAGGGCAAGUGAAAUGGGAUGAAAGAACAGCUUUAAAAGAACUGUAUAUAGACAAGCCUUCUGUGCAGCAGGAGAAAAGGAUCACUCUGGCAGAAUAUCUCAAACAGCUCUCCAGGCAUCGCAACUUCCUCUGGUUUGUAUCUAUGAACCUUAUACAGGUUUUUCACUGCCACUUUAAUAGCAACUUCUUCCCUCUCUUCCUGGAGCAUCUGCUAUCAGAUCGUAUCUCUCUGUCCAUGGGAUCAUUUCUGCUGGGUGUCUCCUAUGUAGCCCCUCAUCUCAACAACCUCUAUUUCUUGUCUCUCUGCCGGAGGUGGGGUGUGUAUGCUGUGGUACGAGGGCUCUUCUUCCUGAAACUGUUACUCAGUGUGAUUAUGUUCCUUGCUGGACCAGACUGGAUCUACCUGCUGUGCUUCUUCAUAGCUAGCAACCGUGUGUUCACUGAAGGAACAUGCAAGCUGUUAAAUCUCGUGGUCACUGACUUGGUAGAUGAAGAUCUGGUGCUGAAUCAGAGGCAGCAGGCUGCCUCAGCCCUCUUGUUUGGCAUGGUUGCCUUGGUAACGAAGCCUGGCCAGACCUUUGCCCCCUUGAUUGGCACCUGGCUACUGUGUGCUUACACAGGUUAUGACAUUUUUCAGCGGGAUCCUCUGAACAAAGUGGUGAGUGCUCAGCCCAAGCUUGCUUCCAACGUGGCCUGGGAACCAACCCUUCGUCAGGGCUGCUUCUACCUUCUUGUGUUUAUCCCUAUUACAUGUGCAUUACUUCAGAUCUUCAGCUGGUCACAAUUCAACCUACAUGGAAGGCGCCUCCAGACAGUGAAAUCUCAGCGUCAGAACUUAACAGAUAAAUGGUCUGAAGAGAUCAAGACAAUUUAAUUGCCAGAGGAGUUAACAGUCAGUGACACUUCCUAUGUGUAAUUUUAUGAUAGAUUCACUAAGUGGGUGGAAGAUAUAGAUGCUAAAUUGGGGAUGUAAAGUUACAUCUGGACUGGUAGAUGAUGUUUCUGCUGUUCUGGCACCUGAGUAAGGGUCAUACUACAGAUGAUGCCGGGGAUCAAUUAUCUAAUCCCCCAAUGCAUAGCUGAUUCUUAAAAAGCAACCAUGGAGCAGGAGAAAGAUUGGGACUAUGACACUGGGCAAGAGUGUUAACUCCCCACCCCCACCCCCACCCGGCAAUUUCUGUCCCCAGUGAAGCUAGUUCCUCCCCAGCUGCUUUUUGAGGCUAAAUUACAGCUUGGGGUUGUCCAGUCACAGAUUCCACUGUUGCAUACAUUAGCCUUAAGAGGAAAAAGGGCAAGUUGAUAUGUAACUGAGCCAACUUUGAUUAGUGAAGAAAAUGGAAGUUUCUGAGUUAUGUUGAAUUUCCUGCAAGAUAUUUCUAGCACUGAACAAUGCUUGGAAACCAAAAUCUUGCAUCACUGCUCAUAAAUAGAAGCUUGUCUUGAAGUCAGCAGACUACUUUUUUUGGGGGGAAAUUGCCUAUCCUUUUCUGGUUGCAAGAAGAGUAGCCAGAUCACUGGCCAGUGAAACAACUCAUAUAUUGAGAACAGGUUGGCAAUUUGAGACCUGCUGUCCCAUUCUCCCCAUCCCUCCACACAUAGGUAUGCUAUCUUGUAUUGAGAAAGUGAGAUUCAAUUUCCUCCUUUCCUUAUACUUUUUUAUAGGGGACUGACUAUUCAGAAAAUCAUCCCUCUCUCCCUCUUACAUUAAACUUGUAUCUCGAAGGCACUAAAAAUAGGGCAUAGUGCUUGCAAAGCAAACACCAUGGAGGAAAACAGCUUGUAUUUCGUUUCAGUUGAGUAACCAUGCUACUUUGUAGUGGAAGAGCAAGAUUCAAGUCCAGUAGUACUUUUAAUUCCAUGAUAUAAACUGACAAAGGGAACUUUGACUCUCAAAAGCUUAUGCCCUGGAAAUAUUGUUGGUCUUUGUGCUAUUGGACUCAAAUCUUGAACUCGUACUGUAAAUCGAGAGAAUUGUCAUACUAAUUCUUGUCAAAAGAGUACAUGCAACUGCAUUGCUAGACCAUGGCAGUUAAUGUAGAACUUUGUGCUAAAAUGGCAGACCUUGAAAUGGGAGCAGGGGUGUUAGUGAGAGGAAUUCAAGAGGGGGGCGGGACAUGGAAACAUCAAGUUUUCUAGGGCACAACUGGCCUAAUCUUUAGAUGAAACACAUCCUGAGACUACAAUCCUCAAGAACUACUGCUGGAAACAUUUUUCUGUGGAGAGAGUGGCAUCCUUCCCUGGAUAAUACUCAUUCAGGGGUUUUUGUUUUGCUGCUGGUGGUGUGUAGUCAAUGUUUCUCAUACUUGUCAACACUGAGAGCUGUAGGGCAUCUGUCUGCUGAUUCGUGAGACUAAGCAGAGGUUCAUUACCACUUCCAUAUGUCUGUGGUAAUCUGAGGCGAUGUUGUUUCACAUAAUGGCAUGGCCAGCUUAGUACAUCUAGCAUUAAUAUGGGAAGGAUUCCUUCAUCUGUGCUGUUUUGGACCAGAACAGAUUGCUGUUAAAUAGAAGCUUCUGCAAAACUUAUUUGAAGAAAUGAUUGGCCUUCUUGUCCUAGACCUUAGAUUAUCCCCUCAACUAUGGUCAAAAGAAGCUAAUCAUGUAACUUCCUUAAUCAGUGUGAGUCAGUAGCUGACUUACUGGUAUUUCACCCCUGCAAGUCAA